AUGCCUCCCCUUUGUCGCCUUCUAGUCUCCGUCAAGCGUGUCGUUGACUAUUCCGUCAAGGUACGCGUCAAGUCUGACCGCUCCUCUGUCGAAACCAACAAUGUCAAAAUGAGCCUCAACCCCUUUGACGAGGUUUCUAUGGAACUCGCCGUCCAGCUCAAGGAGAAGAACCUCGUCAACGAAGUUGUUGCUGUCACUGUCGGACCCCCUCCCUGCCAGGAAACCCUUCGGCAUGCCCUUGCCUUUGGUGCGGAUCGAGGCGUUCAUAUAGAGACGGAAGACACUGAGACCGAACCUCUCAUGGUCGCUAAGCUCUUGCAAAAGCUCGUCCUCAAAGAGCAACCAGACCUUGUUGCUUUGGGCAAACAGGCCAUAGAUGACGACUGUCACCAAACAGGCCAAAUACUAGCCGGACUUCUUAAUUGGCCUCAGGCCACAUGUCUCUCUCAGCUCGAGAUCAUAGAUCAAUCUCGCCAGCUUAGAGUGACACGAGAAAUUGACUCCGGGUUAGAGACCCUCAGAAUCCCGCUUCCUGCAGUGGUAACCACUGACCUCAGACUGAAUGCCCCGCGAUUUUUGGCUAUCCAAAAUAUCAUGAAAGCCAGAAAAAAGCCCAUCGAAAAGCUCAAACCUGAGGAUCUGGGGCUUACUGUCGAGCGACGCAUCAAGAAUUUGCGCUUCGAGGAGCCACCCGUUCGAAAGGCUGGAAUUCGAGUGACCAGUGUCGAAGAACUGGUAAAACAUUUGAAGAAAGAUGGUGUCAUUUGA